GCGGCCCAAUGUUUUCCCCGCCACCCCGCACCAGCCCGCUUGGCGGCUUGACUCUGCCUGCCAGGGUUGAUUGCCGAAGCCGACGAAGGAGUCUUGACUCCGACCAAUGCAGCCGAUACCAGUUCUGCGGGCGUGGCAGCCACCACGGGUCUUGGAAAUUGUGGAAAUGUCAGUGGGUUGUACACAGUUAGCAGCGAGGCAGCGCUUGAGAGGCCAUGUUGUGCUGUAGAUUAUGGCGAGUAUAGGAGUUUGAUUCAAAAGGAGUGUUGUCUCUUGCAUCAAUCGCCCGGACUGAUCAGCACCACACGCCCAUAUCAUGGCCACUUACAAAGACCUGAGGAUCGUCGUCAUCGGCGCCGGCAUGGGAGGGCUCGGGUGCGCCCUCUCACUCGCCAAGAAGGGCUUCAAGCACAUCGACGUCUAUGAGACGGCCUCGGACCUGGGCUUCGUCGGCGCCGGCAUCCAGCUGGCGCCCAACAUGAACCGGAUCCUGGACAGGCUUGGGUGCUGGGCCGACAUUGAGAAGGAUGCCACCAAUGUGAAGGAGACGAGCAUCAGGCAGGGCAGCACAAACGAAGAGCUCGCGCACGUCGACAUGCCCAACAUCGCCGAAAAGUACGGCUACCCGCACUGCACCGGCCACCGGUCGUCGCUGGCCGGCGGCAUGUACGAGCACUGCCGGCGCGAGCCCGCCGUCCGCUUCCACUUCGCGACGGCCGUCGAGCGCGUCGUCGAGUGGACCCCGCGGCCGCGGCUGGCGGUGCGGGCGCGCGACAGCAGCAGCGACGAGGAGGCCCGCGAGGUGGAGGCGGACGUGGUGCUGGCGGCCGACGGCAUCAAGAGCGCGACGCGGGCGGCGCUGCUCGCGCGGCGCGGCGAGACACCCGAGGAGGAGGACACGGGCCAGGCGUGCUACCGCAUCAUGCUGACGCGCGACGAGAUGGCGGCCUCGGGCGACGCCGAACUGCUCAAGCUGCUGGACUCGGACCUGGUGGUGCGCUGGAUCGGCCCGCGGCGCCACAUCAUCGCGUACCCCGUGGCGUCAAAGUCCAUCUACAACCUCUCGACCACGCAGCCCGACGACAACUUCGCGGCCGCGACCGACGCCGCCUACACGACGCGCGGAUCCAAGGAGGCCAUGCUGGGCGUGUUUGGCGACUUUUGCCCACUCGUGGCGAGGAUGCUUCGCAUGGUGCCCGACGGCGACGUGUGCGAGUGGAAGCUGCGGCAGCACAAGACGCUGGCCAGCUGGGCCGAGGGCGGGGUCGCGCUGCUCGGCGACGCCUGCCACCCGACGCUGCCGCACCUCAGCCAGGGCGCCGCCAUGGCCAUCGAGGACGGCGCAGUCGUGGCCGAGGUGCUGAGCCGGGUCCCUCCGGGCGAGGGGGACGCGCCCGUCGACCCGGCCGACGUCGCCCGCUGCCUCAAGAUCUACGAGCUGCUGCGCAAGGACCGCACCUCGCUGCUCGUCGACCUGGCCGCCCAGUCCGGCCGCGCCCUACACCUAGGUGAGGGCAAGGCCAAGGAGGAGCGCGACCGGCAGUUCGCCGAAGCCAAGGCCAAGGGGAACGCCGCGCCCGUGCCCGACAAGUGGGCGUCCCCCGAUAUCCAGGAGAUGAUAUACUCUCACGACUGCGUCAAGCACGCGGCCGAGAACUUUGACCAGCUGAUGGCGACAUUGACAUAAUCAAGACAUCUUUUUUUUUGUUUAUCUAUCGGGAUAUCAUUUGAGCCAAAUAAAAAAGAUAGGUAAUAAAACAAAUAUGCCUCGCGUGA